ACGUGUCGGCGGAUCCCAGGGUCUCAAUAAUGAACUGAACACUUGGGUAUUGCGCUGCGCAUGCGCAAAAAAAAUGUGCUUGGGGAUGAGGUGUCCGUCUUGGGGUAGUUGACUUUUAAAAAGCAUUGUCAACCCCUGAUAUGACAACUUCGAUGGUUCUGCAUCCACGCUGGGCGGACACCUUGAUGUAUGUAUAUGAAAAAAGCCUGAAUGAAAGUAAUCCGAAUAAAAACCAAUCCAUGGAGGGACUAAGCGGGAAUUGUCCUGCUACCCACUGCAGGGAACUGAUAUCACACUCGGCGUUGGGACGACACUCCGGCACCAUAAGCCACCAGGGUUCUGGGUACCCGGACAUACCCUCCCACGACACUGGGCGACAGUGCCCCGCUCCCCAGACUUCCUCCAGCGCCACCCUUGGUUAUGGCUACCCAUUCGGAAGCCCUUAUUACGGGUGUCGGUUGUCACACUCGCACAACGUUAACUUGCAGCAGAAGCAAUGCUCUUACCACCCCGCAGAGAAAUAUGCAGAACCCAGCGCGGCACUGCCCACCGAAGAUCUGUCAAGCCGGGCAAAGGAGUUCGCAUUUUACCCGGGUUUUGCCAGCUCAUACCAGACUGUCCCGGGUUACUUGGACGUGUCGGUGGUUCCCGGUAUCAGUGCGCACCCGGAACCGAGACAUGAAACUUUGAUUCCCAUGGAUGGCUACCAGCACUGGGCUCUAUCUAAUGGCUGGGAUGGACAGGUGUACUGUUCUAAAGAGCAAACACAGUCAACACAUCUCUGGAAGUCGCCCUUCCCAGAUGUCGUGCCUUUGCAACCGGAGGUCAGCAGUUACCGACGAGGCCGCAAAAAGCGAGUUCCUUACACCAAGAUCCAACUGAAGGAGCUAGAGAAAGAGUAUGCAGCUAGCAAGUUCAUCACAAAAGACAAGAGACGGCGAAUAUCUGCCACUACUAAUCUCUCCGAACGCCAGGUCACCAUCUGGUUCCAGAACCGGCGGGUGAAGGAGAAGAAAUUCGUCUGUAAAUCUAAAUCAAGCUCUCAUAUGCAUGCCACUUGAUUCAGUCCAAUGUCACUGGCAUGGCAACUCAAAUACUUUUUCAUCACUAACGCUCGAUAUUUAUAUAUUGACAUUAUUCUCACCUGGUAUGAUGCAUUGCAAAACACAAACUUAAUCUCACCUCCCUAUUUGGACAUAAACUGGGAGGAAAUACAGAAGAAGAUUUACUAAACCUGGUUUGGAACGAAUGAUCACAUCCUUACAGGAGCGUCGAAAGCUACCAGCAUUGAUAGUAUAGCCUGAGACCUAAAUUAAAAACUUUUGUGAUUGAUAAAGUAAACCGAGGUCUUUGGGGAUGUCAUACAGUGAUCUUGUUCAGACAUUUUCAGGUAUUGGACGCAUCAAGAUUGAAAACUAUAUUUCAAUGAUAUUGUAUGGCGGUUUUAGUUUGAUCCCAAGGGAAUGAGCAAGUCUGCUAUUGUCUAUGUACAGUGCCGUGCGUUUAUUAUUUAAUUAAAGGUUCUGUCUUAUGACAGAGGUUGUAAAUGGCUAUAUUUUAUGGUUAUCAUAUUUAGAUAAUGUUUUUUUCAGUGAAUGAUAUGUCUGUCAUGCAACUAGAAUGAUUGUAAUCAAUAUAAGAAUAUUAAAACAUGUUUCAUAUUAAUGCAUAAUCUUUUCUCACUUGGUUUGUAUAGUGAGUUAGGUCUUAUUGCAUCCGGGCUGUGCACUCACAAAAGCUGUUUUAUUCCUUUCUUUUGUGCAGCAUUUAAACUGUGAUGUUUUUGUUUGAUCGACAUUUACUCAAUGGAAACGUGUUUCAUAUACAAAUAAAUAUAACGACCAACAAGGUCA